AUGGUAGAGGAAGAAGGUAGAGUAAACGAUCCAGAAGCUGAAAGGAUUGAGAUCCCAGAAGAGAGGGAUAUAAUUCGAGACCCGUCGGAGAGUGAGGCUGCGUCUAAACCAUUGGAGAAGAGCACAGCUGAAGUCGCAAAGGAGACGGUUCCCCAACCUCAACAGAAACUAAAACAAAAGCGUGGAGAAAAUUUGGGCCCUCGUCGGUCGCGGAGGCUGCUGGCAAUGGUAGAGGAAGAAGGUAGAGUAAAUGAUCCAGAAGGUGAAAGGAUUGAGAUCCCAGAAGAGAGGGAUAUAAUUCGAGACCCGUCAGAGAAGAGCCCAGCAGAAGCAGACAAUGAGACGGUGUUGAUACCGCCGGUGUUGAUACCAUCGGAGAAGAGCACAGUAGAAGCAGUCAAUGAGACGAAACGGAUCGCUGCAAUCUCCAAGGUUAGUAACUUCCAUAAUAAGACCCUCCUGGUUGACGAUGGUUCUUUUGAAGCAGCUUUGUCAAUGGCGGUGGAUUCUCACGGAGCCGAGAUUUCUAACGACCCUCCAGUCGCUACCGCUAUUUGCUUUUCCGCACAAGAGAGAGAAGUAGCAUGUUCUCCCCACACAAAGAGGAAGGUUCCAGACUCAGAUACCUUGUCAAACGAGAAACUCAAAGCUGUUAGAUUUAGUUCUCCGUUACGAGCUCCCAGCCCUUCGCAUUAUGUUCUCCCUUCUUUGGAACCUUUAGACCCUGAACUCCCUCUUUUGAGUGACAGAGCAAUUUCAGAAGAAGUCGCUGAAUUGAAAUCGGAGGUUCCUUUGUCUCAAGGAUUGAGCGUUAGUACUCAAAACCCUUCACCAGCUUUGAUUUCAGAAACAUGCAGAGAAGAGAUCGGAGACAUCUUCAGAAGUUUUCAAACUAGGACAGGGGCAUCCCUUUCUCCUUUUUCAGUUUGGAGGCCGAAUAUUCGUCAGAUGUACGUCAAUCGAGCUUGCUACCUAUCCCAUGCGUUUAUGGAGACUAAUAGAAUGAUCUUCCAUUACGAGAAUCUUCUUUACCAACCAAUGACAGAAACCGCAAAGGCUAAGAAGGAGAUUGACGAACUUAAAUCUGUCAAUCUGCCUGACCGCCUUGAACAGCCGAAAACCUUCGAGUCGUCUUUUGAAGAUAUGAAGAAGACUUUGGCAGCUAACGCGCAACGCCUCAGAAUUGCGAACGCUGAAAGGGAUUCUGCGAAGUCUGACGCUCUUCGCUUGAAGGCUGAGUUAGAGAAGGCUACAGCUUUGUCUGAAGAAGCGAGCCAUAAGUCUGACUUUUUAGUUAAGACUAGGGCUCCCGAGAUCGCCGAAGCCGAGCACAACGCUCGAGAAGAGAUAAGGAGCUUUGGUAGGCAACUUAUUCAGUCUAUCGUGAAGUUUAUCAAAGAUGAAGAGGUCUGGACUAAACUUCAAACCGAUCGACCCGAGCUGAAGAGUAACCUAGACCUGAUUGAGGAACUAGAGAAUGGAAGAGUUUCGUUCGAGAACGAGAGGAGGGAAGUUACUGCCGAAUUCGCUGUAGUUGAAUCCGAGUUAUCCUCGGCUUCCCGACCUACUCUCGAUCUGAAACAAUUUUCUUUGGUAUUUGGAGAUUCCUCCUCUCAAUUCGAGAUAGGUGAAGGUUCUCGGCCAAGUGAGGGUUCUCCAGAGGUAGAGGAACGCUCUUAA